AUGAGUGAUUUUAAAAGCACUGAUAAAGAAAACAUACAAAAGAGUUCAAGUUUCCUUUUUUCUCCGGGAGAAGAGGCUAAAGAACAAUGUUUAUUAUCUUAUACACCUAAAGAAAAAAUAGGAUAUAAUUCUGCUGUUAAAAGUCGAUUUUUGAAAAAAAAAGAGGGAGAAGCACUUUUGCGUCAAGAUAUUCAGUAUGCAUUUUUAAAUUUAGUGGUAAACAAUGAUAAGGCAGUUUUUACGUUACCUCAAGGCAUAGUGAAUAAAAAAGUAACAUUUGGUGAGCUUUAUGUGGAGUAUGUUCGAAGAUCACCAAAAACAUCAAAGGUUUUGAGAGAAAAAUUGGAAAAUGAUAAAACGCUUGCAAUGGCACUUGUUAUGGUAGCUUUAUUAGUUAAUAUUGGUCGUAUAAAUACAACGCUUGUUUUUACGCAUACACAAACAAGAACAUAUAAUCCAAUACCAUCGCUUCAAGCAUAUUCAAAUGAUAAGGUCAAAGUACUUCAAGAUGCUCCAAGAUUAAAAGGAAUUCUUAAAUUUUAUAGCGAAGAUUUUCCAGAACAUUUAGCAUGGCAAUCUCUACUUGAUGCACAGAAAUCUCAGUUACGACCAUGCACAAAUCCCAUUAAUCUUAUUUUUAUAUUUGUUUUAUGUUCCUCAAGGAUAUCAAAUAUUCAUUUUGAUCCUUCAUUUGAGUUUAUAGAUCUGUUUAUUAAGUCAACUUUUUCUAGCGAAUCAAGAGCCAGAGCUUUUCUUUGGUUAUGCUGGCAUUAUUUAGAAACAGAUGGUAGUUCAGAAGUGGCAACAAGGAAUCCAUUUAAUUAUGGAUAUACUGAAAAUCCUUUAAGUGCUCCUACUUUAGAGAUUAUAACAGAAGAAGAAGCAGCACAAGAAAAUAUUGAUACUCCUACAGAAUUAGAAUAUGCAGUUAAAAUGGCUCAAGAAAGAAAAAGAUAUCUUCAAGAGAGUGAAACUCUAAGGAACAAUUCUCAAGAUUUACUAAAUUUUCGAAGAAAAAGUCGAACAAGGGAAACACAUAAAAAAGAUGAUGCUGAUUCUUCUCCUGAGUUCUCAAAAUUUUCAAGUAUUGAAAACCAGGAUGAACAUUUUGAAAGUACUACACGAGAUAUUUUACAUAAAAAGCAAUGUAAAUCAUCAGAUGGGGCAAAAAAGAGAAAAGCAGAAGAUGCUUUUUAUAAUCCAGUAGAUGAAGAAAAAAAUUAUGUUCCAAUUUCAUAUCAACAAGCCGAUUCUAACCGAGAUGUUACAGAAAAACAGAAAUACCAACCAAAAAAAACUCUAAAAAAACAAUUUAUAAAAAAAUUGAGCAAAAAUAAUAGUAAAAAAAGGAGAAGAGAUGCCAUCCAAAGAGAAUGGAAAAAAUAUGAAUCUUUUUCUCCAUUAGAAGAUUCCGACGAAGAAAAUGAUGCAGAUCAGGAUGAAUAUGCCAUUGUUCUUUUGGCAUCUCUUAAUCGUGCAUAUCGUCGAGCCACAAAACAUAUUAACCAAAAACGAUUUUUUUCUGGAAAAAAAGCUUUUGAUUGGGAUUUAUCACAAACCAAUAUUUUAAAAGAAUCAAAAAACGAAGAACAUGAAAUAUCUACACAACAACCUGUAUCUGAACAUCCCCAAGUUGGAGGAAAAACUCUCCCAAAUCUUAUAAGAAUGGGAUAUUCUUUUUAA